UCGAGAGGAUAUCGAUGCUGGUGAUCCUGCUCAACUGCGUCACUCUAGGGAUGUACCAGCCAUGCGUGGACGAUCAGUGCAUCACCAACAGAUGCAAGAUAUUACAGGUUUUUGAUGACAUAAUAUUCGCGUUCUUCACCCUGGAGAUGACGAUCAAGAUGGUGGCAAUGGGAGUUUAUGGGCACGGCACCUACUUAGCGGAUUCCUGGAAUAGACUGGAUUUUUUCAUCGUUAUGGCUGGAGCCCUCGAGUAUGCCCUGAACGUAGAAAACAUAAACCUAUCGGCCAUCAGGACCAUCCGAGUGCUGCGACCACUGAGGGCCAUCAAUAGGAUACCAAGUAUGCGUAUUCUAGUGAUGCUGCUACUCGACACAUUACCAAUGUUGGGUAACGUCCUGCUGCUAUGUUUCUUCGUUUUCUUCAUAUUCGGCAUCGUGGGCGUCCAACUGUGGGAAGGGAUACUCAGACAACGAUGCGAACUAGUGCUACCACCAAAUGUUCUCCGACCCAACAUAUCAUUUUAUUACGAGUUCUCUAAAGAACUGGACUACAUCUGCACGACACCUGAAGACUCCGGCAUGCACCUGUGCGGGGACUUCCCGCCGUAUCGCUACGGGCCUUUGGUCUGCAACGAGACUGCGAAGCCCUAUUCAUACAACACGCCCACAAACACGUCGUGUGUGAACUGGAACCAGUAUUACACGAAUUGCACCCAGAGGGGAUCCAAUCCGUUCCAAGGGACGAUAUCCUUUGACAACAUCGGGCUGGCUUGGGUUGCAAUUUUUCUGGUGAUUUCGUUAGAAGGAUGGACGGAUAUAAUGUAUUAUGUACAAGAUGCGCACAGUUUCUGGGACUGGAUAUAUUUUGUGUUGCUGAUUGUUAUCGGCUCAUUCUUCAUGAUCAACCUAUGCCUAGUCGUCAUAGCGACCCAGUUCAGCGAGACGAAGAAGCGCGAAAUGGAGCGAAUGCGUGCCGAACGCGCGCGUUUCACUUCAUCAUCAACCCUCGCUUCGUCCACCAAUAACAGUGAGCCGGCUACAUGCUACGCUGAGAUCGUGAAGUAUGUGGCCCAUCUCUGGAGAAGAUUCAAGAGAAGAAUGGCUAAGAAAAUAAGGGUGUACCGAUACCAGCGCGCUCAGCUCCAGUGGCGGACGAGUCGGGAAACCCUGCAGCUGCCGGCCAACAAGCCAAAGCAACACCACCCUUGCUGUCCCAGGGUGCACCCCCAGAGCAACGGAGGGAAAAGUGAGGAGGGAGCGGGAGACGAGCCCCUCGGCAGGCCCAGCCUGUUGCGUGUGCCGUCGCUGUCAGCUGCCGAUCUUGAGAAUGCGUCAAACCUAUCGCUACUAUCCCCGCCAUCACUGGCUCGAAGGCGAUCUUCGGUGAUGUUCAGUGACACUGUGCUCCUCCACACACCCAGCUCGCCUCACGGGGCCCACCCACAUAACGUGUGCUCUUCCGAGAAAAUGACACAGACAGAGUUCGACCUGCCGACAGGCGAGUCGGCAGAGGAGCGCGCGGCCGCUGGUGGCACGAUGUCGUGUCAGGAACUCCUGGCGUUAUCUGGUGCCCUGUCGGCUGCCCUGCCCACGGGACAAGUCGCCCUGGACUCGUUCUUUGAAGAACUGACCAAGGGCAUCAGCAAGAGAGCAGGGGAGGAGAAAUCUGACUCGAAGACCGUAGAAAUAGAAGACUUUUCGUGCUGCGCUGAACUGCUAGCCGCCGAACAACUGGCCAAAGAAGCUAAGAAGAACCGAUUCACCAGCGCUUGCUCCCGAUUUUGGAAAAGAAUUUCCAAGUUUCUAUCCUGGCUAAGAAAACACAUCAAGAACAUUGUCAAUCAUAAAUAUUUCCAACAAGGUAUUUUAUUGGCUAUCCUCAUAAACACGCUAUCAAUGGGCAUAGAGUACCACAAUCAGCCCGAAGAGCUGACAGUAAUAGUUGAGAUCAGCAACAUAGUAUUUUCCGCCAUAUUUGCGGUAGAAAUGGUCCUCAAAAUCAUCGCCGAGGGACCCUUCAAAUACAUUUCCAACGGGUUCAAUGUGUUCGACGGAGUCAUUGUGAUUCUCAGCGCAUUCGAACUGGCUCAGAGUUUAGGCCAGGAAAGGGACUUGGCAGGGAGUUCGGGUUUAUCGGUGCUCCGUACAUUCCGACUCCUGCGCAUCCUAAAACUGGUCAGGUUUAUGCCAAAUCUACGACGGCAGCUCUUCGUCAUGCUAAGAACUAUGGACAACGUCGCCGUAUUCUUCUCGCUACUCGUACUCUUCAUUUUCAUCUUCAGUAUUCUGGGCAUGUAUCUAUUCGGUGGUAAGUUUUGCAAGUUCGUGGAGGACAAUGGCACCGAGCGGGAUUGCACCUGCCCCGAGAUCAUCUCCCACCACCCCAAGUGUGAGUGCGACAGGAAACAUUUUAAUAACAUCUUGUGGGCUACCGUCACCGUCUUCCAGGUGUUGACCCAGGAGGAUUGGAAUAUUGUACUAUUUAACGGAAUGGAAAAGACAAGUCACUGGGCCGCAUUAUAUUUUGUGGCUCUCAUGACUUUUGGAAAUUAUGUACUAUUUAAUCUGUUGGUUGCUAUCCUGGUCGAAGGAUUCAGUUCUGAGCGAAACGAGCGACGGGAACGCGAGCAACGCGAACUGGCGAAGUCAAAAUUGUCGAGCGAAUGCUUUUCGGACAAUAACGAACUGCAGUACGACGAGUCGAAUUCGGGCUCGCAUUCGAGCGACAGCUUUUCACAGAACGAAAUCAAGAACUACUGGAAGUCAGCCGACGACGUGCGAAAAGCCAAAGACGACGUAAACGGACACAAGGACAAACGCUCGCGGCGCAAGAAUAAAUCUGCUCAUCACCCCACGCUUUGCAAGGAUUGCGCGCAGUCCAACAAAUGCAACAUACAAAAGGAAUCUAAAAUGUUAGCAAGCGGCACAGCAAAUGAAGUUACAGUAGUGCCCAUGAUUACGCACACAGCAGCAACUCCUCAAGACUCCCCUUCCACGACCUUGGAGCCUGGGGCAUCAUUCAGGGAUUUCAACCUCGCCCUGACUCUAGAAAGGUCUUCCAUGCUGUCCAGCUUAGACUCCAUUGAUAGGACUUCCUGCACAAGCAUCCCAGGUCUCCUCAAACCACCAAACAGUUACACUCUCACCCUCCAUUCGGCUGCCGCGCAACUCGGCUCCGAAAAAGCCCGUCUUCCCCCCAUGACCCUCGCCCCUCCCCCUCUCACCCUAGCCCCACCACCCCUCAGAUCCAGCACUCCAGGAUCACAAUCUCCUACUACUCCAAAAUCACUAGCCUCCCCAGUGCUUCCGGAGAAAAACUUACAGAUAACGAUUGUGAAAGACGACAACUGUUUGAAUACCAGUGACAAAUCUAGUCUUCUGAGCUCACAAAAGAGCGUUAGUGUUUCCAGCGCGGGUGUGAACGGCGAGGACAAGUGCCGCGUCCAGAGAGGGUACAGCUGGCGGCUGUCCAGGCCCAGUUUGAGACGUAAACAGAAGCACAGGACUGGAUCUGAUUCUGACGCUGUGGUCCUGAACAAUGGGAGGGAUCAUGCCACUUGUAACGGAUCAGGCGUCCGCAAGAAUGAGCUAUUGCUAUCAUCGUCGAUGGUGAUUAAGAACGACACGCAGUCGGAGCUGCCCAACAACAGAUCUCGGCCGCAGCUGCCGGCGCCAAGAGUGCUGGCACAACCAGCGAGACGCGUGUCGGCUCAUACAGCACCACUGCUUCCUGAUGUAUCAUGGAAAGCUCCAGAAUCAACCUUUUCAGCGGAUUCAACAGUUCGCCUUGACUCAGUCAAACCUCCACCUCAUAGACUAUCCCUCACAAAUGAUUAUUUAACAGUGACGUCAGUAUCAGAAGUGAAAGCCAGCAACCUGGCACCACUACCGGCCACAGCUCCCCUGGCGGUGACUCCGCGACCGGUGCGUACUGAACCGCCCGCGCUGCCACCAAGGAACAACCAACCGCUGCCUCUUGUCAAGCAAAUCAACGAGGAGGUGGCAAUAUCCAACAAUGUUUGUUUUCUAUCAGCAAGAUUCGAUAGAAGACAGUUCAAAUUUAAAGAUCUCUUUCGCUUCAUGGAGCCAACAGGGUGUCUCAAAGAAAAGGAGGAUUAUUCGCUUUACAUCUUCGCCCCAGACAACAAAAUGAGAAGAUUCUGCACCUGGAUGGUGACGCGGAGUUGGUUCGACAACAUCGUGUUGCUGUUCAUCGCGCUCAACUGCAUCACGCUCGCGAUGGAGCGCCCCAACAUCCCGCCCGACUCCAAGGAGCGCGCCUUUCUCUCCAGUGCCAAUUACGUGUUCACAGUUGUCUUCGCCGUUGAGAUGUUCAUAAAGGUUGUGGCUUCAGGAAUGUUUUACGGACCUGAAGCAUACUUCACAUCAGGGUGGAACAUCAUGGACGGUUCCCUUGUUAUUAUAUCUAUAAUUGAUUUAUUGAUGUCUCUGGUGUCAGAGUCCAGUCCACGUAUAUUUGGAAUUCUCAGGGUAUUUAGGCUAUUAAGGUCUUUGCGGCCGUUAAGGGUAAUAAACCGUGCGCCAGGUUUGAAGUUGGUAGUUCAAACCCUGCUCUCGUCUUUACGACCCAUCGGAAAUAUAGUUCUAAUCUGCUGCACAUUCUUCAUUAUUUUUGGAAUCCUGGGAGUGCAGUUAUUCAAAGGAGCUUUUUUCUACUGCGAGGGUGCGAAUAUAAAAAACGUCAAGAACAAAACGGACUGCCUUGCUAUCGAAGGCAAUGUGUGGGUGAAUAGGAAGUACAACUUCGACGAUCUUGGCAAGGCUCUCAUGUCGUUGUUCGUGCUGAGCUCAAGAGACGGGUGGGUCAAUAUCAUGUACACCGGCCUUGAUGCCGUUGGUGUUGAUCAGCAACCAAUAGUAAACUAUUCGGAGUGGCGUCUCCUGUACUUCAUCGCGUUCAUACUCCUGGUGGGGUUCUUUGUGCUGAACAUGUUCGUGGGCGUCGUGGUGGAAAACUUCCACCGCUGCCGCGAGGAGCAGGAGAAGGAGGAGCGAGUGAGGAGGGCGGCCAAGAGGGCGCUGCAGAUGGAGAAGAAAAGACGAAAGAUGCACCAGAGACCGUAUUAUUCCGACUAUUCUCAAACGCGACUCUUUGUGCAUAAUGUAGUAACUUCCAAAUACUUUGAUUUAGCCAUAGCUGGAGUGAUUGGGUUGAACGUAGUUACUAUGGCCAUAGAAUAUUAUAGAAUGCCUCCAGCUUUGCAAUAUGCAUUAAAGAUUUUCAACUAUUUCUUUACUGCGGUCUUCAUCCUUGAAGCUGCAAUGAAAUUAGUGGCACUAGGCUUUAAAAUAUACUUAAAAGACAAAUGGAAUCAGUUGGACGUGAUAAUCGUCAUACUUUCCAUAGUGGGUAUAGUUUUAGAAGAAUUAGAAACGAAUAUAAUUCCAAUAAACCCAACGAUAAUGAGGGUGAUGAGAGUGUUAAGAAUAGCUAGGGUGUUGAAACUACUGAAGAUGGCGAAAGGCAUAAGAGCAUUGCUAGAUACGGUGAUGCAGGCGUUGCCGCAAGUUGGCAAUCUAGGCCUGUUGUUUUUUCUGCUAUUUUUCAUCUUUGCGGCCUUGGGCGUGGAACUUUUUGGCAGACUGGAGUGUUCGGAUGAAAUUCCUUGCCAAGGUCUGGGGGAGCACGCUCACUUUGCCAACUUCGGGAUGGCUUUCCUGACUCUAUUCCGAGUGGCGACAGGGGACAACUGGAAUGGCAUUAUGAAGGACACGCUUCGGGAAGAUUGCGACAGCUCUGUGGACUGCGUGCGGAACUGCUGCGUGUCCACCAUCAUCGCUCCCAUAUUCUUUGUGGUGUUUGUGCUCAUGGCACAGUUCGUGCUCGUCAACGUUGUAGUUGCUGUACUUAUGAAACACCUAGAAGAAUCGCACAAACAAAUGGAAGACGAAAUCGACAUGGACGUAGAACUAGAACGUGAAUUAGAAAGAGAAGCCGACGAUGAAGAAGACAGGGCUCUUUGCCGAGCACUAGAACAGUGCACCUCCCCGCCACGGCCGCUAAAUAAGGUACCGUCCCUCCCAGCCAACUUCACUUACAGCGAGCCAAAACACCAACCAUUGCCGUCCCCCGCACGCAGAAGGCGCACGCUUCACUCCCACCACGCUUUAUUGCCGGCAUCACUACCACCGAGAAGGGCUUCAUUAUCUCCUCAUGCCUUCGGUCGACGUCGGCAGGAUUCCGCGUCGGACCCGCCGGCGGCCCUGUACGAAGAGGACGCUCGCUUUAUUGACGCCGACGACAUCGAAGAGCUCGAACCUGGUAGCCCCCCAAGGCGAGACUCCUUCGCACAGAAUCGCAGACAGCGAGUCGACAAAAGAAAUUCAUUAAGAGGCGAGGAAGCCAGGCUCCUCCGACCGGCACCAGUGCUGCUGGCCGUGCCAUCUACGAGACAAAACGUUAGGAUAAGUUCUAAAAGAAGAUCCUCCACCGAAUCGGCUGUAACGAGUGAGGCAAGCCAUGCGUCAGUUCGGUCUCAAAUUAUGCGACCUCUCGAAGUGAAUGAUCAAAUCAUUACGGAAGAAGAGAAAAUACGAAUAGUGAUAGCUGAAAGGCGGAAAAUUGACGCGGCGAGACCUGAGACCGACGACGUGGUGGAGCUGGCGGAGCGCGGCUCCUAGUCCAGGCGGGGCCGGCCGCAGCAACACCAUGAAGUCUACAUCUAGGCGCCAUUCAAAAUGGCGUCCGGGUGCACCUACUCCUCUAAUCCUCUCUCUUCCUCGAGUGCUCAAGGAACAGUAAAUAAGUUUGAACUCGGUUGCGCUAUGACAGUGACUCUGUGACUCUGUGUUUUAAAGUCGUAUUAUACGUUAAAGUGAUGUGUUCUAGAAUUCAACCGAAAGAGCGGCAGUGCUUGUGAAGUUUGAUUGUGGUGUUUCCUUUUACUUCCAUACCUUCGUACCUUCAACCAACCAUCCCUUACUUUUUCGAAUGCGGCCGGUUCAACGACAUUAAUUUGUUAAGAGACUUUAAUAAAUUUAUUUUAAGGUGUAUAAAAUUAGAUAGAUAGGAACUAGGAACUAGUCAAUUUGUUGUGGUGGGAUGUUUUCUACGAGCGCUAUGUUCACUUCUAAUUUUACAGAAUAUUUUAUUAGUACGGUGCUUGCUGUUAAAGUUUUAUUCGUUAUUUAUUAAUGAUAGCAUAGGAGGUACUCUAAGAGUCAGAACAACCUCAACGAACAUUGGUUUAGCGAGUUUUGGAAAUAGUUUUCAUUCGUUGUACAGCGGACUUGUUAUUUGUGUGUCAAUUUAAUGUUAGAAUUUAUUUACACCUUAAGGUCGGGUUUCGAAUCAUUGAAUCUUAGAAUUUACAUGUUAUUGAAAAUGUGUAAUCCAACGAUAUGAUGAAAAGCCUAUACUAGUAUGAUUUAAAUGUGGUUUAGUUGAUAAAUCAAUAACUUCUAGUCAACGACUGUGUAGCCUCGUAGUAAAUUGUUAAUAGUUAGACUUUCAAUCUGAUAAGUAUCUAAACAGAACCAAUCGUUCGUGAAUUGAGUAUUAUUCUCUCUAAAUAUAAAAAAAUAAUAUUUUCUGAAUAUAAAAGAAUCCUAUUUUCUUACAGAGUCGUACGUAAUUUAGACGUUUAUCUGGCAAUACGCACAUAAAGAUAGAAGUUAGAUUGUAACAGUAGCCAGAGAACUACAUUAAACUGAUUGAUCGUACCAAUUAUGGUCAACGAUAGUGGUUGUUUAUUUGACGUACUAUGCUGUUUUGUGUUAGCGCAGUCUGUCAUUAGCCGUGCCAAAUCUACGAAAAUCUUUGAGGAUAAGCGGAUGUUUUGUACUAUUUUAAUUGAUCACUCAUGUAGCUACUCGUCUUUUGUGACUUUCCGGCUUGUAGUAACGAUACGGAGAGAGGUGAAGCGAGGUGAAGCUAAGCUAAGUACCGAAAACUUUAAAGAAAUAAACUGCUAAAUAUUUGCCGCCAGAAUUAUUUCUGCAAAGUGACGUCACUAUGUGGUUCGGGUUACAAUGCAGGAGACCUAGUUAGGGAAGUCAGCAAUAAAUUUUAUACUUCGACUGUGCCUUUCCUAUUUCUAAUGUACUAGUUUGUGAAGUUGAUUGUGGGUAGACUCUGAUCUUAAUAAAUGUAUACUGUAGGAGUUGAAGGUUUAAUAUAAUAAAUACAUUAUAACUCUUGUUGAGACUAUUAAGUUUUCGUUGUAAAUCAUAAUAUGGAAAAUUUUGUAUCCUACUAAGACAUUUCCGAUGGAAAACUGAAUUUACUCCAUCAUUCCGAUGACGUUUUUUUGUUUUGUAAUAAUUUAUAACUUUGUGAUGCUUUUGUUAUUUUGUUAUACAUUUAUUCCAUUGCAUUUUAAUAGAUUUUCUUGUUCAAAUAGUAAUUUAAUCUUUUCCUUCCAUUAUACUAUCUGUUUAUUACAUUACGAUGUCUUCCAUCUUUACCUUUACCCAUGAUUUAUGACUAUGACAUGUACUAAUUAUAUUUAAUGUUUAAUCAGUAGUAGCAAUAGUAAACUGGAAUUCAUAACGAUAGUAGAACCAUAAUCAAAUAUAAUUUAAACUCACUUAAAAGAAUUGACUAAAUGGAAUUUAGUAAAUUUAAGAAUAGCAUUUUCGUGAUAUAAGUAAAUUUCGUGAUAAUGAUGAAUAAUUGUUUUUCGGUACUGACUGUAUUAUAAUUUAAGAGGUAUGAACAAUGUUCAUUGGUUGAGUACACCUGUUAAAAUUAGCUGGUGAUCUGUCAAGUUAAGAAAGUUAUGAUGAUGUUAGGUUGAAAAAAUAAAUCUAAAUUCUCAA